CGCCAAACUCCGCUGUUCCCGGGCCCGCUGAAUCCGGCUGCAGCACCGCACCGCACACAGCGCGCACCGCCACCCUGACGUAGGUUAUUUGGCCACGCUGGUGUCAGCCACAUGUGUCCUCGUCCCCUGCCACUAAAGAAAGAAAACCAAGCUUGCUCGCCCCAAAAUCCUCGUCCCGGCUCCACGCCGGCCGUCCAUCGUCAUCAACAAUCGCCCCCUCGACAAAUUCUCCCUCCCUCCCCCUCGUCGUCGCCUUUGCUUGCUGAAGUGCGCUUGUCCUUUGUGAUUAGCUUGCGACCACUGCUGCAGAGCGCUACACCAAACCGGGCAGACAUACGUCACGAUAGUUAGCCUGUUCUGCUGCUGCUGACCAUCUAUCUGCGCAUCAUACACACACAUUGUCGCUCGAAACACAGCUGCUGCUGCCAUGGCUCGAUCAAAGAGAGGGGUUAGGUUCCCCGCAAGGCGCAACAGCAACGAACUGAGCGGAUCCGAAGGGCGUCGGUCAAGCUUCAGUGAUGUGAGUGAAGAUGGUUCCUCCAGAGCAAAGGAUGCACUUAAAGCAACCCUGGAACCCGUGGAAGAGGUACGGAGACGAAAAGAGAAAAAAGAAGAUUGCCGAACCCGCAGCGGCUUGGAACUGUUUAUUCCACAUGAUGUUUUUUUUCUUGUUUAUCCUCUGCGACGGUCCGGUCCAAGAACGAAAUGCGCUAACCUUUCUGCUCCUUCUAGAAACCACCUACGCCCGAAGACCAAAAAGCCGAAUAUGAAAAGAAAAAGGCCAACUUCUGGACACGCACCAUUUGGACCUUGAUCAUGAUUGCCGGGUUCUUCAUUGCCCUCUUCAUGGGCCACAUCUACAUCAUCGCCAUUGUCACCGCCGUCCAGAUCAUCUCCUUCAAAGAGGUCAUUGCCAUUGCCAACGUCCCCAGCCGCGCCCGCUCCCUUAAGUCCACUAAGAGCCUCAACUGGUACUGGCUGGCCACGACAAUGUACUUCCUCUACGGCGAGAGCGUCAUCUACUACUUCAAGCACAUUGUGCUCGUCGACAAGGUCCUGCUGCCUCUUGCCCACCACCACCGCUUCAUCAGCUUCAUUCUCUACGUUUUCGGCUUCGUCUUCUUCGUCGCCUCCCUCCAGGCCGGCCACUACAAGUUCCAAUUCACCAACUUUGCGUGGACGCACAUGGCCCUCUACUUGAUCGUCGUCCAGGCCCACUUUGUCAUGAACAACAUUUUUGAAGGCAUGAUCUGGUUCUUCCUCCCCGCUGCUCUUGUCAUCACCAACGAUAUCUGGGCAUACAUUUGCGGUAUCGCCUUUGGUCGCACCCAGCUCAUCAAGCUUUCUCCCAAGAAGACCGUGGAAGGCUUUGUUGGCGCUUGGAUCAUGACUGUCAUUUUCGGCAUGCUGCUCUGCAACCUUAUGAUGCGCUCCAAGUUCUUCAUCUGCCCUGUCAACGAUCUCGGUGCCAACAUCUUCACUGGACUCGAAUGCGAUCCCAACCCAGUCUUCCUGCCCCGAACUUACGAGAUCCCGCAAUUCUUCUUCCUUCCUUCGUACCCCACGACCACGAUUACGUUUGCGCCGCUGCAGCUCCACGCCCUUGUCCUCGCUUCUUUCGCAUCUCUCAUUGCACCUUUCGGUGGUUUCUUUGCAUCUGGCUUGAAGCGUAGCUUCAAGAUCAAGGACUUUGGUGACUCCAUCCCCGGCCAUGGUGGUAUGACUGACCGAAUGGACUGCCAAUUCAUCAUGGGCUUCUUUGCAUACAUGUACUACCACACCUUUAUUGCGGUUUACAAGGCUAGCGUUGGCUCCGUUCUAGAGACUGCCAUUACACGACUAGGCUACGAUGAGCAAGUCGAGCUCGUCAAGAGCAUGUGCCGAUAUCUCGGUAACCAGGGUGUCGUGCCUGAGGAGUUGGCGGCGUGCAUUGAGUUUGCCACUCGCGCCUAAUUGAUGGAUUAAGAUUACAUGUUGCUUUAGUAUUUUAACUUUGCUGGUUUCUUUGUGCUUUUGCUUUUCAUUUCACUUAUUUCCCCCAUUGUUUACUUCCUCUUUCGAGGCCAAUACGCAACUCUUCUCAUUUUGUACCAUAAGCCGCAGUAACACGGCAAACUGUACAUUCGGUGUGUGGUUGGAUGAAGUAGCUUUCUAGCUAGUCACAAAAGAAAGAACUAUCAUGUCC